AGACAUACCUAUAUUUACAUGACAAUGGCUAUACCAAAUAUUAUCACAUCAUCGAAUAAACCCAUUUUGUGCAAUCAUUAUCAUUAUGUCAUAUUUAAUAUACAUAUGUAAUAUAAACAUAUGUAAUGACAAUAGAACAUGUUGGUGCUAUUAGUCACAGUAUUUUAUUCGUCAAAUCACAUCCCGCUUGAUGUGUUUAUAUUUGACAGUAGCUACUGGUACUGCGGAGGCCCAGACUGCCGACAUAUUGCAGAAGCAACCAACAGGUAGCGCCUGGCAUCUUAUAUAGUAUAUAGUACAAAGUUUUCCCAAAGUAUACCUGUUGAACAGAAGCAACGGAAAUUUUCCGCCAACAAAGAACAUAAAUAUAUUUGAAGACAUUUGAAGGUUUAAUUCAAAUCCAUUAUACAGGUUAGCGAGACUUGUAAUUCGACGUAUUCCUCGGGAGGUGAUAAAACAACAGCAACAGCAACAGCUAUUUGAAAUAUUGACGUGUAAAAGUGUUAUUUUAUAACCUACGACAGAAAUAAAUAUCAUUUCAUUUCAUUUUAUCAUGUCAUGUCAUUUCAUCAUUUCAUUUAAUUUUAUUAUUUAAUUUCAUUUUAUCAUUUUAUUUCAUUUCAUUUCUUUUCAACAUAGUUCCUAUAAAAUUUGCCCUGAAGUCCCUGCUGCUGCUGCUGCUAGCGGCUCUGCCCGCGUUCCCGUGUCAUAGAAACUCUCCUGUGUGGUCUUCCCGACCAUAACCUACCCCUGUUAUAAAUUUCAUCCCGUUCCCUUCAGCCGUUUUGAGGUAAUUGAGUGAUUAAAAUUUUGUGAGUUUGUAUACAAACUACUAUUUAUUUUUAUGACGUUCAUAUAUCCGCAACAUUUACAUUAAAAAUUACGAAUACGAAUGCGAAUGUAAAAAAAGUACUUAUUAUGUCAGGAUUGUCAGGUCGCCAGAAACCUGAUUUGCAAUCUAGUAUUAGAACUAAAACAUUUACCUACAUCAUGUUCACCGUUUAUAAAUACAAUGGAUUGCAGAUAAUUAAUUCAGUCCCAAAUUACAUGCGCUUGUGAAUAUUUGUAGAAAUAAAAACUUUGUGCAUUUUAAGUAAGAUACAAAAUUAAUUGACAAUGAUAGUGAGUAUAUUGAUCACAUCAAUAUGUGUGUGGCUGGCGUAUGUGCUCCUGUGUCGCCGGUACUUCCCAGUGAAUGAGCAAGUGGCGACGUGUCCAGGGAAAUGGCCGCUCAUUGGACAUGCUCUUCAACUGAUGAAUACUAAAGAAGCAACUCGCAAUUUAAUGGCGUUUGGGGAGUAUUCGGCGAAGAUUGGAGAUGUCGUAACUUUUUAUAUAGGACCCAUACCUGUCUACGUUGUGACGGACCCGGAAGAUGUCGCCACAGUCGCCAACAAAUGCUUGGACAAGUUGUUCGUGUACAGGUUCAUAGAACCAAUGGUGGGCAAGGAGAUGGUGGCUGCUGAUGUACCAACGUGGAAACGAAAUAGAAAAGUGUUAGACCUUUGCUUCAAGCAGCACAUAUUGGACGACUACCUCCAACUAUUCAAUGAACGCGCUGAGCGAUUCGUGGAGACGAUUGCCGAAGAUGUCGGUCAAGGUGAAGUGGAUCUAAAGAAGAAAAUUUCAAGGAGUGUCUUGGAAACUACUUGCCGAACCACUUUAGGGAUUAAUCGCGACGGAAUGAACGACAUUAACGAUAACUACGCCAAGGCUAUAAACGACUGCCUGGAUACUCUUUCUGAUAGGAUCUACAAGCCCUGGCUCAUUGUGGAUGCUGUCUUCAACUUGUCCAGCGACAAAAAGAAGUUGGAUAAGGCACUGGAAACCAUAUUUGAGUUUUCCGAAAAAACAGUGCUGCUACGAAAGGCGGAACGCAUUCAAUGUUUGCAAAAGAAUGAGGACUUAAACCACAAAGGUGGAUUUAAAAGCGUUUUAGACGUAAUUUUGGAAAAUACAAUAACUGAGACCAAGAGCGCAUUCACUGACACUCAGUUACGGAAUUUAAUGGACAAUAUGCUCCUGGCUGCCUUCGACACCACUAUCUACCAGAUGAAUCUCGUAUUGGUCUGCAUCGGCAGUAGCUCUGAAGUGCAGGAUAAGAUUCUUCAAGAGAUGAAUUUAAUCUUGGGUAAAGAUGGAAGACUUAAAGGUGACAAUCUAUCUCAACUGGUAUAUUUAGAUGCAGUUGUUAAAGAAGCUAUCAGAUUAUAUCCAGUCGGACCACUGGUAGGCCGUACCACGACGGCACAUACAAAGUUGCGCAAUGUGACCAUACCCGCUGGUAGUUCUGUAGUUGUGCAUAUAUGGGGUACAAAUAGGAACCCAAGACAAUGGGGCCCAGAUGCUGAAGAAUUCAGGCCAGAGAGAUGGUUAGAUUCAACGAUGCCAAAACAUCAAGCUGCAUUUGCUACUUUUGGACCAGGAAAAAGGGGAUGCGUUGGUAAAACCUACGCGUUGAUGUAUAUUAAAGCAACCGUUGUAUCGCUACUGCGCAAGUACAAAAUUACAGCUGAUCACAAGAAACUGAAACUGGAAUGCAAAAUCAUGUUCAAACCUUUGUCAGGGCAUUUGAUUGAAAUCGAAGAAAGGAAUAAAUAGUAGAAAUGGAUCAAUAAAAUGAUGACACUGAAGACUUGGAUUAAAGAUCAUAUAAUUAUGGAGAUGCGAUUACUAUUCAUAACCUUGUUAUUGUUGAAAUCAGAUUAUUAUGAAGACAUUU